AAUUGAAUCUUUUCAAUUAUUAUUAAUUAAUUAAUCUUGAUUUUUUAUGGGUUGCUGAUAUCACCAACCAGUAAACAUCACUGUUCACUGAAUUGCCCUUUUGGGUUUUUUUUUUAAAUUUAUUUUGGGUUUAUUUGAAGUAUGUUGAUCCCUUCAAAAUAGCAAUUUAGUAUCUUGGUUUUGAUUGUUUAAUCUCUCUCUUGGUUGUUCUUGGUUGUUCUUGCUGUGAAUGCAACUUUGGCAAUCAUCAGUUCUUUCUUGGAUUUCUCGCAUCUUUGCAUGCAUGGGAGCAGAGGUUGUCUUGGAUGCUGUACUAAGCCCCAACUAAUUAUCGCUGUGGAUGAGCCAUCAAAAGGACUGAAAAUACAAGGUCGAGCAGUAAAGAAAUCGAGCUUAACACAAGAUAUUUGGAGCAGUAGCACAUAUGAAAUGGACAAUAGUGCAGUUCAGUCUCAGAGAAGCAUUUCAUCUAUAAGCGCCUCUAAUCAGAACCUUGAUCCCCACGGUGGUAGUGGAAGCGCAAGCAAUCCUUCUGAAUAUGUAAAUAAUGGCCUCCUCCUAUGGAACCAAAUAAGGCAGCAGUGGGUUGGCGAUAGAAAGCCCUGUAACCAGCCAAAAAUGCGUGAACCCAGAUUAAGUUGGAAUGCUACGUAUGAGAAUCUACUCGGGACGAAUAAACCUUUUCCCCAACCCAUUCCUUUACCUGAAAUGGUUGAUUUCCUUGUUGAUGUCUGGGAACAAGAAGGCCUAUAUGAUUGAACAUUACCAAAAUCCGGAAAAUGAUCAUUCUUCUUUUUUUAGCAUCUCUGCACUUAUUUUGUAAAGGUUUGGUGCCUGAAGGAGAUAAAUAGCAAAGCUAUGUAAUCACCUCUAGCGCACGCUUAAUUCUCGAAACUUGUAUGUUUUCUUAUUUUAAUGUCCAAAUAUCUUCAAAUCUUUUUCAAAAAAUUAACUUUGAUUCUUAGUUCCUGUGAUCAGGUAAAACACAGAUUUGCAUGACUUGUGAUUAAUGGGUGUCUUCGAUA